CUUUUGUAUAUUUUUCUUUCAAACUACUUUUCCCAUAAGUACACUCCACUUCAUCAGCAUAUUUCACUGCAGAUUUAAAGACACGUGUCCAGGAAUUCUGAAUAGAUGUGGAAGCCUGAGCUAAAAACAAAAAGUAAUCUGAACACCAAGCAGUCCUGUCAGCUGCAGCUACAGCUGGCUCUGCCUACCAGCCCGCACUCAGGGCUUCACUGUCCCACGUCGUCUCUGAUUUUGGGCACGCCAGGCUGCCGUAGCCGUCAUGAUGUUCCUGUUGGGAUUCACGUCAGCAGUUUUACUUCUAUGUUUAUUUUUCAUUAUUCGCCUUUAUAUCGUUGUGAAGACGGGCGCUAAGUACAAGCCUGGAACCAAGGGUCGGGUUACUGUUCUGGUGGUCGCAGGAUCAGGUGGUCAUACCACAGAGAUCCUGCACCUGCUGCAGUGUAUGUCUGCAGCCUACACACCUCGACACUAUGUCAUUGCAGACACAGACAGGAUGAGCGAGGAGAAAAUUUGCACAUUUGAAAGCCUCAAACAACAGUCAGACUCACAGUUCACCAUCUGUCGGAUCCCACGAAGCCGCGAGGUGCACCAGUCCUGGAGCUCGUCUGUCGUCAGUACUCUGAAUGCCCUGCGGUAUUCCCUCCCUCUGGUGUUCAGGCUCAGACCGGACAUGGUGCUGUGUAACGGCCCGGGGACGUGCAUUCCCCUUUGUGUAGCAGGACUCCUCCUUGGAAUUCUGGGAAUAAAGAAAGUCUUGAUAGUUUACGCUGAGAGUAUUUGCCGUGUCCAGACGCUGUCACUCACUGGGAAGAUCCUGUAUCCUGUAUCCGACUACUUCUUUGUACAGUGGUCGUCUCUGAGGGACAAAUACCCCAAAUCAAUUUUCCUCGGAAGAAUGGUGUGAAAGUGUCUGAUCCACACGGACUCGUUCCUGUUGUGUGGUGUGAUGAAUAAAUGUUCUGUCUGUAUUGUUGA